AUGGCGACCGUACAAGAAUUGAAAAUUCUUUUAAAUCAAAAACUCGAUGAUAUAAAUAAAAAAGACGAAAUGAUAAAAUUUCUGGAACAGGAAAUGGAUGAAAAAGAUGCGCUAAUAAGGCAUUUGAAAAAUGAAAUUGAUAAAUUUAAACAAGUUGUUCGUCCACUGACGAAAGAAAUCGUCAACAGGAGAAAAUGUUGUCACGACGUUGACGAUGACGAACGUCAUAAAUUUGGCGAUCGUCCUAAACGUCAAGCGAUAUCCGCGGAACCUUUAUUAAAUGGCGCUGGAGAAUUUCCCAUUGUUAAAAUUCCAAAAUCGUCAAAGUCUCGUGAGCUCAUAAAAGCCGCCAUAUUAGACAAUGAUUUUAUGAAAAAUUUAGAACCGACACAAAUCAAAGAAACCGUUGAUUGCAUGUACCCGGUCGAAUAUGCAGCUGGAAGUCUUAUCAUUAAAGAAGGAGAUGUUGGAAGCAUCGUUUACGUCAUGGAAGAGAGAAGGCCGCCGAGCGAGGAGGAGAAAGCACGGACCGCGAAUCCACAUUAA